CUCAAUAUGGCAACGAAAAAAAGCAAUCAACCAAAUUCCAGUCCAGGGGUAAAGAUAGAUAUCAUCGAAUUGCAGAGUCGACAUACAGCUGCAAACCGGACUGGCUAUGAAAUAGAUGAUCCGCGGGAUAUGGUAUACCCUCCCAGGGUCAAUUGCAAGUCUAACGAUAGAGAGAUAGUGGCGCCGUGAUGGCUUCUCCGGCUCAAGAAUGUCCAGAAUCCCGUACAAAGGAACAAGCGCUAGACAAAAAGAAUCCUGCGGUUGCUCUCGGCUAUGAUCGAUGGGAUGGAAAAGCAACUUACAAUCCGACUGGAAGCAAGCGAAAACAGGGAUACCAGAUCUUCUUACCAGGUUCGCGCACCAAACUGAAGGAAGAAGCGAAAUGGUGGUUUGAGCACUCGGAUGGGGAUGUCAGCAUUGUGCUUAUCAUAGCUAUCAACCAAGCCUAUGUAAGGUUUGAGAUAGUGCAGCGGCCGUUGCAGAUAGCUCCAUGCACCACUCAGCCACGGCCUUACUCUGUCCAGCAGGUGAUAACGACUCCGAGUACUGUCACUGGUGGUCCCAUGAUUCUUCCGUUUCAGACUUUGUACGACCGAGGGCGUGGACAAAUCGAAACAGGCAUCGCUAUUACCGCGGAGGACUUGAGAGAUAUCGCUGAUGAUAUUUCAUGGAUCAAUCUGAAUGAGGGAUAA